ACUGUUCAUGCUACAUCCAUUAGUAGGCCUGGACACGGUUGGACGCAUGUAGCUCAGUCGACUGACAAUUUGACGAGCUAUGAAGAGACUUCCAUACCAGCAGAUGGAGUAAAUAUGCAGGUAGUUUGGUACAGUGUGCAAAAGAGAUUAUGCUAGCCUGAUAUUCGCUGGGUAGACGGAGACGGGUUGACAACACCUAUGUAUAAUUUGACCACGCCCGUAGUUCUACCACACCUUUGGUUUUACUUGGGAUCCGCUUCCACGAAACUGCAUUGUACACGGAACCAUUACGGGAUAUCGGGAGUCGUAACCUUGCCGGAUCUUCCGUAAUCGCCAAUCUGAUUCGCCGUGUCGGAGAUUGCUUAUACUUGCAUUGACAAGAUGAUUCGCUUCCGCGUGACGCGAGAGUCGAGCAGCGACAUGUCCAAGUCCAAAAAAUCGGGCGGAGGUGACCACCAGGAUUUCAUGAAAAACUUCCUUCAGCAAGCUAGAGAAGAAUGCCAGAGGAAAUGGGACAGCCCCACACAAAACACAGCAUGUCUAGAUGACUUUGAGCGGUUAAAAACCCUAGGGACUGGUUCCUUCGGCAGAGUAAUGCUGGUCAAGCACAAAGCCACUGGAAAUUUCUUUGCCAUGAAGAUCCUUGACAAACAGAAGGUGGUGAAAUUGAAGCAAGUAGAACACACACUCAAUGAAAAGAAGAUCCUACAAUCCAUCAGCUUCCCUUUCCUUGUUAGCUUAGAGUUCCACUUCAAGGACAACUCCAACUUGUACAUGGUGCUGGAGUUUAUCCCAGGAGGCGAGAUGUUCUCACACUUACGGCGGAUCGGGAGGUUCAGUGAACCCCAUGCAAGAUUCUAUGCAGCGCAAAUUGUCCUUGCGUUUGAGUACCUACACUAUCUGGACAUCAUCUACAGAGAUCUCAAGCCAGAAAACAUACUCAUUGACAAAACGGGCUACAUCUCGGUAACAGACUUUGGUUUUGCCAAGAGGGUGAAAGGCCGUACGUGGACGUUGUGUGGGACGCCGGAAUACCUCGCCCCAGAAAUCAUCCUCAGCAAGGGCUACAAUAAGGCAGUUGACUGGUGGGCCAUGGGUGUCCUUAUCUACGAAAUGGCUGCUGGUUACCCGCCGUUCUUCGCUGAUCAGCCCAUACAGAUCUACGAGAAAAUUGUCUCAGGGAAAGUGCGGUUCCCGUCGCAUUUCAGCGCUGACCUGAAGGAAUUGCUACGUAACCUGCUGCAGGUGGACCUCACCAAGCGCUACGGCAACCUCAAGAAUGGCAUUGCCGACAUCAAGGGAGCCAGGUGGUUCGGCAGCACGGAUUGGAUUGCAAUCUACCAGAAGAAGGUUGAAGCCCCUUUCGUACCCAAAGUCAAAAGUCCCAGCGAUCCCAGCAACUUCGACGACUACGAAGAAGAGGUCCUCCGUAUCUCCCAAACAGAAAAAUGUGCCAAGGAAUUUGCCGAUUUCUAACCAGGACUUGUUCCCCACUCUGCAUUGCUCCUCCCCCAAAGCAACCCACCUGUCCCCACAGAAGAUCAACCACCCCUCGUCCCCCACCCACCCACCCCUCAGUUGAUACCCAUGUGUGCUGAUCUUUGUUUGCGGUCGUUUCCAAGAUUGAAAUGGAUUCCAGUCUGCUGGCCUCGAAGAAAAAAAAUCCAGUCUUUUGUUCGAAGGGAGACUUUGCACGACAGAAGCUUUCUUCAGCCAAGCUCAGCCUGUAUUAUCAGCCCAGUGUUACUGCCGACAGGAUACACUUCGGCAAGAAUCUAUCAUCUUCAGAAAGACACCACAAGCCACCCAUCAACUCACCCACAGCUCUCUUGAAGUCAGCAUCUGGAAAUCGAUCAAGUCAUGGAUUUGUCCUCUUGUUGAGGACGAGCAUUGCUGGAGGUUUCCUGGGACGGUUUUCCAGGAGUGUGUUCACGGUAGUCCACAGAGUUCGGAAACCAGUGGUCAACAGAUGUGAUCGGAUACCAGGUAAAAUGGGUCAUCUUUACCACCGAUGUACGAAAAUGAGGUGCUGGCUUUCUUUUAAAACUAGUACCUUCUGAUUAUGUGUAUACCUCUGAUGAUCCAAAUGGUAGAAAAGUGAAUUGAUUUUGGGUGCGCAAAGCAGUAUGGGGUGCAUUCUAAGAGGGUCUUAAAACUGAUUCAAGUUUUCAUACGUAUGUGGUUUGUAUUGUAGCAGUACUGGACAUUUGCCAAAAUGACCACUGUGCGGGUCAUUUUAACCGGUCUUAAAAUUGGCUUGGUAGAAAGAUAGCUUUGCCCUACCAAUGGCAGUAGUCACAGUCGGUGCUGGCCUUUGAUUGGCUAGUUAACAGACUGGGCACACAUCCAGGGGUGGUCAUGCACUGGCCAGUUAAUGCCAGUUUCUUUUAAUGGACGGGGGGGGGUUUAGAAAACGGUUUUGUGUAUAUAGUCGUGAAUGUUAACCUGUUGUGUUCACGGCAAAACAUAUGCGUUACGAGUAUCAGUUUUCCCAGCCCACAACUAAUCGGCUUUUGUUUCUUUAUGAAAGGCUUCGGCCAAUUUGUAGGGUUGCUCCCUACAUCUUAUUCAAGAAAAUGGAAAUUUACAUGUAGAUUGAUUAAACUGCCUUCCUCGUACGAGAGAAAAAGAAAUUUACCAAAAAAAAAAAAAUUUACAAAUAUAUAUGAGAGAGAGAAAUUGUACAUAGGUCUGCCUGCCAUGUUUCACAGUGUUUGUCGAGUUCAUUGCGAGUAACAGAUUACGUUCUAAAUAGCGGUUUACUACUGUUGGUUAAUUGUUGUUAAAAGUUGAACAGUUGUAAUUAUAUAUUCUCAAUGAAAAUGAGAAUGUUUGGAAUGCACUUGUACAUGUAACUUCUGGAGGUAUCUCAUGGGGAGGGGGGGAUGGCAUUACACAUUAGCAUGUGUAUAUUAAUUCUUUGGUUUUUUUAGUAUGAUUUUUAUGAUGUGUUAUUAAGGUGCAAUAUGAUGAUGUCGUGCCGUAGCAGUAUGUCUCUCUCUAAAAGUGACUCUGACAAACAACAACAUUGUGACUUGAAGACGUCAGCAUUUUACUCCUUUUAAGUAAACAGACUUCGUAUGCUUGUCAGUGCAUGUAGGUGAAUGGAAAGUCUUGUAUUAUACACAAGAAUGUUGAACAGGCAGAUUUGAUUAUGUCCAUGGUAGUCACUGGAGUUGGUGCUGUGGGUGGUGAAGUGUAACCCGCUUGAGGAGCCAAAAGGUAUGCAGUGCAUGCAGCUGAUUUUUCAGCAGAAUGUGCACAAAGCCAAUUUGCAACAGGGUGUCCACAAAACCCAUUUCUGACUAAAUGCACGCAAAGCUGAUUUUCAGCUGAAUGUGCGUAAGGCAGAUACUCGACUCAAUGCUCCUAAAAGCUGAUGUUCGACUGAAUGUUUACAAAGCUGUGACCUCUGCAAGGCAAAAGCCUCUCUGGGCACUGAUGCAUGACAGAAGUUACAAUAAGUACUGAGGUUACAGUUAAACACAGAGCACCACCAGUAAGGGGCUGAGAACAGAAAACAAAAACAUGUUCUGACCUCACUACCACAACACGCAUCCAGUGACCCGAGUACAUGUAUGUAAUCUAUCUGUGGCUUCUGUGUUUCUAAAAAACAAGUUACAUUACUUUCAGGGAAAUUUUCUGGUGUUUUUGUUUUCAGUUGUCUCAUGAAAUGUACACCUCAUCCCCUUUGGCCACAAAUUACCUUUACUGGUACUUUGUUUUAACUAGGCUUGUAAAACAACACUUGAAGCUUUCGAGAACUGGCCAUAAGAGGGCUCACUGUCUAUAAUAGAGGGACCACGCUUUAGAAAAAUUCAGGAUAUGCUUUGGAACAUUUAAAUGCACCUGAUGUACAUUACUAAAAAUUCAUUUUAUUAAUGAAAAAACCCUGCAAGCAUUAAAAGAACAAAGCAUCUGCUUUUUAAUAAUGAAUAUUUUAAAUGUUUAAUUUGGUAAAUAAGACAAUCAUAACAUGUCUUCUGGCUACCUGUAGUGGAGAUUGGUAUUGGAAAUUCUUGAACUCGUUAAUAACCCAAAUCCGGAGCUUUGAAAAUCUGACAUACGCAUUUCAUCUUUCAAAUGCAGAAUUUCUACUAUUUAACAUAAUGCCAGAUCCCAAUUCACAACUGCUUAGAUUAGGUGUGAUCUUUUCUUGAGGAGGAGGGGGGUGAAAAUAUUAUGCACUUCAUAAGAGUUGUGGGUCUUAAUGUUCCUGCACGGCUAGUUGAAUCUAAAAAAAAGUGUUUCUCUUUGAGCGGAUCUCUUUGGCACCCUUUUGAAAAUGUUCAUCUCGGUAGUUUUUGUGUUUAUUUAAGAUUCCUGUAAUACUGUACCAUAUUUUGUUUUGAGUUACAUUCGUUUGUUGGAGAUCUUUCGGAGAGAAUAAUGUCAUGUUUGGAUGCAACUUAAAAAUUUUGGGGGAAAAAAAUUCACCUAUGACCCCCAUGAGAUGUGUCUGUGUUGGUUCAAAGAUUCUACUUAAAUCAAAUUGUAAUGUUUUGAAAGUGAGUCUAGGUCAGUUUCAGUUGUUUUUUUUUAAUUACAUGUAGGGUCCAAAUAACUCUUCGCCCGGGGCUUUGAUAACUAUUGCUGUGCAACAGUGCAACCUUUUGCUCUUUAGAGUGGUGAAAUUCAAAGCUACUUUCCAAAUGUCCAGCUCUAAGUGCUCACAGUAUUCAGGGUUCUAAAAUUGGGACCCUAUUUUAUCAUUUAUGCUUUUGGCUAGUAAUGUACCCAGAAAAAACUUGCACCCAGAGCUUGAUGGACUAAUAUUUGGCCAACGUAUACAUGUACAUAGUUUUCAGAGUUGUUUUUAAUUCAGGUAACAAUUUUAUCGGGUGGUACUUGUAAUUUUGUUCAAAGAAAAUGGCUCAGUGAAACCCAGAAUUGUAUAAAUGUAUAUUUAACUGGCUUGAGAAGGGGCUACAGACGUGCUCGGUGCGCCCUGCUGACUAAGGCUUUCUCCAAAGUUAUGGCUGUGGCUAGGAUUGAUUUGUGUACAGGUUGAUGGCAACAGCAAGUGGGUGUAGCCUCCUCACAGAUAUGCUUUUGGAAGUUGUAGCCUCUUACUCAAGCUCUUGUGUCUUUACACACAAAGAUACAGUAUCCAUGUAAGUCACAGGCUGCUGAACAUUUAUGGAAAGGCUCGUUCAAAGCAAAAUGCAUCCGUGGAACACUUUGGCAGGGGAAAAAAAAGAUAACCUUGCAUUUCAUGUAAACCCCUGAAGUCAGAAAAAAACUGUGUAUCCAUUUGCUUUCAUGUCAACAUGCAACAUAUGUGCAGUUGAACCAAUUGAAAUUCCACCAUAUCAUUGUCUGUGUGUGAGCAUAAAAAUUUGGGGCCUGGGGAAGAUGCUGCAGUGUUUGUGCAUUGGACUUUUUUCUUCUCUCAAGAUGUUUUUAACACAAUGAAGCUGACUUCAUUUUACAGCGAGGACCUAAAAUUGCCUCCUAGUGAAAGAUGAAAAACAUCUACUCCAGCCUGAUCAUUUUCGUGAAGGUAUUUCCGCAGUUUACACUAUUUUUCCUAAUUUUUGGCUCAGCACAAUCGGCACGAUCACAACUGUUUCCUUUCGGAGCUCAUGCCUGACUUAUUAGUUUCAAGUCAGACCCACCAUGUUGACAGACAUGUGCUGUUCUGGUACGGAAUGAUAACACUGUGAUGCAGUCAGAUAUUACCAAUCCCAACAAACAACAUUCGUAUCGGAUUCCUGUACAUUGAGUAACUCCGUUCAGUAUUUAUUACUCCUUUUAAAACCUGCUUCAACAAUUCGCGUUUCACGUGUUUAGGUUAUAACGUUCAUUCGGGAAGGGGCGUUUUGUUUCUUUUUUUAAUUGUGACCAUUGAAGCACGUCGACGUGAUGUAAAUAAUUUUGGAAUUCAUUCGUGUUGGUCGUCCUGAGAUUGUUGAACUGAUAAAAGUUACGCUGUUUACUCGGGCGCAGAUUUUUCUAGGCAUUUUGGAGAAAGAGCUCCCAAAAUAAAAAAAGAAAAUUUGCUUGUAACUAAAAGAAAAAGAAUUAUAUACAAAAAUAUUCAAAAAAAGACAAACAGGAUAUCUGUUUCAUUUGUAAAUUUAUAAAUGUGGAGAACAAUGGACUUGAAAUGUGUACCAUCAAUUCAUGUGUAGCUGGUAUUGACGACUGUUCAUGGUUAUUGUAAGAUUUAACAAAAAAAAUCAACUUUCUCUGGAACAUAAGUAUAUCCGUUUGGUUUUUAUUGAAUGUUGCAGCAAAUUUCUGACAAGUUACCUACGGAUGAAGUUCUUUACGUACAGUGUGUAUACCUCAUGUAUGUAGCUCGGUACUGUUUGACCAAAAAAAAAAUGAAAAAAAAAAUGGUCGCUUUUAUAGAGUAGUUGUAGACAAAUUCUAUUUCAUUCACUGUAUACGUAGUUCGGAUGCUUCUACUGAGUUUCUGUUGACUUGUCUCGUUGCGUCAGUGUUUUGGAUUGUCGAAGAGGGGUCAUUUGCCAACAGAAUAGGAAGAGAUUGUGCAUUUGGAAGCAGUACAGGUAAUAGACUUCUUCACUUAAUAAUGUAAAUUCUCCUGUACAUUAACCCGAACCAUACUUCAUUGAAAAAAAAUUCUAUAUAUAUGUAAUUACACCUUGGUUGUUAGGGUUAAUAUGAAGCCAAAUAUGUAACACUCCAGAAAGUGGAAUUACAGGUAGCUUGGAAAGGUAUUUUCCCGCCACUCUAAGGAAACCAUUCGGUCCACUUCCACUGUCCCUUGCAUGGAUGACGCUUUCCAUAUCCAGAGGAGAAAUUUCCAGGGAAAAGGUAGUGCGAUUAUGCUUUUGGGAGAAGCCCUCCACUGGUGCAUUUUUAACCACUGCUGCGGCAAGUUGCUCAAACCGCUGCUGUUUGGGUCUCUCUGUGUUUUUUUCUCCUCUCUAUACGGGAGGGGGGCAUUUCUCAUUUCCUCGCGGACCCAAAUUCGGACUUGUUUGUAACGUCGGUUAGUAGAUGCCCAUUACAGUGUAGUGCUGCAAGUUUUGUGUUCAAAAGUGGAUGCCUUUUUAAUAUUUGAGGAUCCAAAGAUGUUAAAUAAAAAGUCUACGACUGAUACA